AUGAGUGCAGUCUUCAAAAGACUCGCUCCUUACACCAAAGAUGCGGUGCGGUGGUAUUGCCCCUCAAAGAAGACCUAUCAAUGCAAGUUGCUGGUGGUCGGAGGCGGCGCCGGCGGCUGCAGCAUCGCGUGGCGCUUCGCCCGCAAACUGAAGAGGGACCCUAUCAUUAUGCUGGAACCUUGUAGGACACACUACUAUCAACCAGCCUUCACGAUGGUAGGGGCUGGUAUAAAAAAGAUGAACCAGACGUGUAAGCCACUCUCAAGCAUCCUACCGCCCAGCAUCACGUGGAUACAAGACAGGGCUGAAUGCUUCGAUCCUAACACAAACCUGGUGGUCACGGGGAACGGGGACAAGAUAUACUAUGAGUACAUGGUGGUCGCUGUGGGCAUCAGGAAUGAUUAUGACAAGGUGAUAGGCCUAGAACAAGCACUAGACAAUCCUAACUGCCCUGUCUCCACCAUCUACUCUCCAAUGUACUGUUCCAAAACCUGGGACAAUAUAAAGAACUUCUCAGGUGGACAUGCGUUGUUCACGUUCCCCGUAAAAGGUGGUAAAUGUUCCGGUGCUGCUGUAAAGAUAAUGUUCUUAGCGCAAGAUUAUUGGAAAAAGAAAAAAAAUAUAGACAAGACGAAUAUUACGUACAAUACUGGAGCGGAAGACAUGUUUGGUGUACCGAAAUAUGCAGAUGUUAUUAGAUCGUUGGCUAGCAGUCGCGGCGUCGUGUCUAACUAUGAAGCUGACCUAGUGGAGGUGUCGCCUAAGGGAGCCGUGUUUAUGGGGCCUGGCGGAGAGACAAUAAGCUUCCCGUACAACAUGCUGCACGUGACCCCGCCAAUGGCUCCUCAGUACUGCCUGCAGAGCUGUGGGGAGCUGACCAACUCCACCGGGUAUCUGGACGUGGAUGUGAACACGUUGCAACAUAAGAGGUACCCUAAUGUGUUCGGGCUGGGGGACUGCACGUGUACGCCUAAUAGCAAGACUGCUGCUGCAGUUGCUCCACAAAGCUUCGUAGUAGGACGGAAUCUUAGCGACGUGAUGGAUAGCAAACGCCCAUCUGCUAAGUACAACGGGUAUGGCGCCUGUCCUCUCAUCACUUCCUACAAGAAAGGACUACUUGCAGAGUUCAUGUACGACAAGAAAAUAUGCGAGACGUUUCCUUUUAAUCAGGCAAAAGAACAUCGGCUAAUAUAUCAAAUGGACAAAUACGUGUUCCCGUACAUAUAUUGGAACUCGCUGGUCAAAGGUAAAUGGAACGGCCCGGGAACAAUACGGAAUAUCAUCAACCCACUUCGAAGAUGA